AUGACGGAUAAACAAAGCAGAGGAGAUGAAGCUGGAAACAACGUACCGCAGGCAGGAGUCAAGAACACACAGAGGGGAACUCUAGGCAGGAGGCAAGAACAGAGGGGGCAGGCAGGAGUCAGGAACAGAGGGGAACUCACGAGGAUGGAGAGCAUCAAGGGGUACAAGGGUAGUAAGAUCACGUCGGAGGACAUAAAUAAGCUGCUGAGGGAGGCGGCCCGCAAUAUAGAGGAGAAGACAAGCAGGGAGAAACGGGCAGAGGAGGAGACGAGGAAAAGUGGAAGCAGCAAGGCAAGCAACAGUAAAGGACACAGCAGGAAAAGGGAAGCGGAGCGAGGAGAGGUUGCAACUGGAGAGCCAAAGAAGGGAAGAGGACUUGAAGAUAAACGGGAGGAGGAAGAAGAAGAGAUUGUUCUAAUGGAGGCGGCUGAGGCAGCGGAAGCCUCCAUGUGCGAGUUAGAAGACAUGGAAUGGGAGGAAGAAUUUAGCCAAGACUGGACAGAACCCAUAGGAAGCUCAACGCCGCGAACGAACGAGUGCGAAGAAACGAAAAGGGGAAAAGGCGGGCAAGGCAAGGCUAAAAGGAAACUGCCGCUGGUCUUGGAGGACAAAAUAGUCGGGACUAAAGGAGAAGAUUUGAAGAAGCUGCAACCAAUAGUAAGAGAAGAGAAAAGAAGGAUGGAGGAGAAGCGCAAGGAGCAGAAGAGCAGCGGAAAAGGGGACGAAAAGAAAAACGGAGGCGAAAGCGGAGUUAACCAAGACGGGGUGAGGACAGGCGUCAAAGAAAGUAGGGAGAAGACAGGAAGCGGCGAGCCACCAAAGAUGGAAGGAAUGAACAGGGACAAAAGGGGUGAAGGCUACAAGAGCGAUGUAGUCAUCCUGGUGCAAUACCCGAGAAAGGAGGUGGACUACUGGAAUGCCAUCAGGUGGCUCAAAACGAAAAUACACAACUACACGGAAGGGCUCAAGGAAAUAAGAGAAACAAGGAAAGGAGAUAUAAUUAUUAUUUUACAGAGAGGCAAGGAAGGCAGCACAAGCAUCAGCAAGAAAUGCGCUGAAGCGAUUAAUAAGGAAGGCGGUGGUAAGUGGAUAGCACGAAUGCACACUGACAGGGUUGAGGUGGCUGUUAAGGUCUCGGACCCUGACCUAGAAAAAGAGGAGCUCAUGGAGGCAUUCAAGAAAGGCGGACUGGAAGACCUGGUGGAGAAAGAAGAAAUCUGCUUCAAACAUAUAGGAGGCAGAGAAGGAACAUGUCAUCGCACCGCCUUUCUUGAAUGCACAAGAGCGGCAGCAAAACGACUCACACAGGAGAAAGGAUUAAGGACCAAGUGGCAGGAGCUCAGACCUUACUUCCCAAGAAGGAAGCAAGAAGGAAACGCGAAAGGAAAGGACAGGGCAAAAGGGAAUGAAGCGCGCGAGAGCGGUGAGAAGAGGAAACCCAAGCCCGGAACUAGUAAGGAUCCUUGGUGA